AAAACCCCUAUUGUUUUGUUUUUUUUUUUUUACCUCUCUUUCUCUCUCCUUUUAUUUUUUCCCUCUUUAAGUCGUGUCGGACCAUCGACCGUUUCCUGUGCUUCAGAUCGUUGAAAUCGAGGAGAAAAUCCAAAGAUCCAUAUUCUGUAAUCAGGGUGUUAAUUUGCUUCUAUAUUAGUUUGAAGGGACUUUGUCUAGCUGAGAAAUAGGGUGGUAAAGAUGGUAAAGAUGACAAUGAUUGCCCGUGUUACUGAUGGUCUUCCUCUGGCGGAGGGACUAGAUGAUGGUCGUGAUCUGGUAGAUGCUGAAAUGUACAAACAGCAAGUUAAGGCUUUAUUUAAGAAUCUCUCCAAAGGCCAUAAUGAGGCUUCAAGGAUGUCUAUUGAAACCGGCCCAUAUGUAUUCCACUAUAUCAUUGAAGGACGUGUUUGUUACUUGACAAUGUGCGAUCGAUCUUAUCCUAAGAAACUUGCCUUUCAAUAUCUGGAAGACCUCAAGAAUGAAUUUGAGCGUGUUAAUGGAGCUCAAAUUGAAACGGCUGCCAGGCCUUACGCCUUUAUAAAAUUUGACACAUUCAUACAGAAGACAAAAAAGUUGUACCAGGACACCCGUACUCAACGGAAUAUUGCAAAGUUGAAUGACGAACUCUAUGAAGUUCACCAAAUAAUGACUCGCAAUGUACAAGAAGUUCUCGGUGUUGGCGAAAAGUUGGACCAGGUCAGCCAAAUGUCCAGUCGUUUGACAUCAGAAUCUCGCAUAUAUGCUGACAAGGCAAGAGAUUUAAAUAGACAGGCUUUGAUUCGAAAGUGGGCUCCUGUUGCCAUUGUGUUGGGAGUUGUGUUCCUCCUCUUCUGGGUGAAAGCAAAGUUAUGGUGAUUCAACUGUGAUCCAUAGUGUUAAGAACUCAUCAGAAUUUCUUGGGUUUCUCUGUUGCUGAGUAACCUCUUGUCCACACCCAAGACCAAAUAUUGGAGUGCAUUCUGGUUUUUAUUCAUCUCACAAUUCGCCUUGUAGGUACAAUUACAAAUUUGCAAUGUGGAAUUGUGUGAAAGGGAGCAUAUGUUCAAAACAAAAACUAUUCUUUCUAUAUGUAAAAGCCAGAAUACAACAUCCAAAUAGGGAACUUUAAAGGUAUUAACCUAUUCUAGUGUUUUACUUUGUCCAAGGUUUUAGAUAAUUAACGUGCUGAGCCACCACCUGUUUGUACUACCUAUAUUUGAGAUGGAAAACCCAGAUUUUUCUUA